AUGCAAGCAACUCAAUGCAACCCUGCCAAUCAGAACGCCGAGCAGAACGCUUUCCUUACAAGUCUGAUGAAAAGGCGUGGUAAUACACGGCUUGGAAUGAUAGCACCCAAGGGUGACAACGUCUUUGAGUGGCUCGACGGGACGCUAGUAGCGGAUACCUUCUCUGCAUGGAAUUCCGGUGAGCCUAACAAUGCUGGAUCAGAGAACUGUGCGAUCUUGUUCGUCAGCGGAGGUGGCAAAGGCAGGCCCGUAACCAGGGGGGGUGCACGGGGUGCUUUCGCACCCCCCCACAGGCUCCAAAGGUCCGCAUUUUGAUACUCAAUAUCUAAGUUAAGGGGUGCAGGCGGUGAAACUGAAGUUUCAAACAUAACAGUGAUAUUUAAACAAAAUCAAUGAAUGGAAUAAGCAGUAGUGUAUUCACUGGGAAAAUAAAACCAGCUGCACUCUAGUAGCUCGAGCCAUUCAGAACAAUUCAGUGAGAGCACAGAUGUCCGAGCUUAUCUAAAUGAAUAAUGAAAUUAACGUGCGCACGCUUUGCACGGGAGUUUACGACGAGCGAGCCAAUGACAAAAGAGCGAUCUCACGAUUUUUGUCAGACACGUCCGCUAUCGCGUCGGGUAGUAUUUUCUAUUUGUACGAGCGCAUGAACACCCGAAGAUGCAAAAUGAGUCAGAAAAACACAAGUAUUCUGGCACCAAUCAGAAGCCAGAACGGCGGCGACCGUUUGGAACUGGUCUGGUAAGCCAUUGUCCCCAGGGGCUCUUCUGAGUCUUCUCGCCGUUCUUUACUUUUCUUCGCGCCCUAUUUUUCCGCCCGUUUAGACUUUCCCUCGCCCCUACUAUCUCUAGGCAUCCCAAACCAUAAAAAUAGAAGUUUUCCAGACACAAAGAGGGAAAAUACAUUUUAUGUUUCUCCUGGUCUUUUUUCAUCAUUUCCUGAUGUCAUGACAAUAUUCUUUGAAAACCCCAUGUGUGCUUUCUUAACAAUUCCGUAUUGCUUAUAAAAUUGUAGAGACUUCGCAAGCUCCAGUACCUGGAUGAGAGUACUGAUGAUAAUCUAACGCGGCAUCACUUACAAUUUCUCAUGUAUUGCUUCCUUCCUAAAUGAACGGAUCAGACAAUAAAAAAUACAUUUCGGUAGUUUGGUCCACUUUGGCCUCGUUAGCACCCCCCCACAUAAAAUCCUGGUUACGGGCCUGAAAGGAAAGGGGAAUAACGAUGGCUGUUGUUCAUCCGAGCAUAUCGUUUGCCAGACGGAGAAGACGGAGUUUAACCCACAGCUGCUGUGAAGCUACUGCAAUUGUAGGCUAGUCUUACGUCUCACAUGUAGAAUUAUAGUGGGCGAUCAAUACUCAGUGAGCCAAACCUGACAAAGAAAUAAAGGUGUUGGAAGAUAUUACUUGUUGUAGACAAUCAUUUGUUUGUAUUUUUGGAUAAUGAAUUUAAUUUAGCUGUCAGUAUCUCAACUGGCAUCGCACCCAACAUUACCAUCCACCAAUGCCAAUAUAAUGAUCGUUUAACUUAAGGGAGUAAUUUUGGAUAUAUCUCAGGGAACCCAUACCCUGUCCUAUUAAGCCAAAUUUACGGGGGCGUACUAUUCGAAGGAGCAAAUAUUGGACGAGAAAUUUAAGCUGUAGAGCGGCAGGUGACAAAGUCUAAAAAUUUCUGGAUAACCUUUCGUUUAUGAUAUUCGGAGUUUUUCUGCUAACUUACCCUGCCACUGCCCUAAGAGCUUAGGUGGUCCGGAUAAAAAAAAAAUGCUCAAGUUUAAAAGUGUGAAUCGGUUAUAAUUGAUGUACAACCGUAAGCCUUUAUGCCUGAAAUUAUUUUGUUAAUCAUCCCUUAUACUCAAGAAAAUUAAGGUAUGGGUCUUCUAUUUAAUUCCUCAAAAAAGGAGGGUGUGGUUUAACUUUUUAAGCUUUCAAUAUAGCGUAAAAUAACUUAUGCAUAGACUACCUGGGUGUAACUUCAAUAACUUUGAAUUAUGGUUGCAGUCAUUGAUUGUCAUGUGACCUAUCAAGGCUAUUUUUAGCUCAAAAUUCUAUUUGGCAAAAUGGCACCACUUUUCAUUACUUUCUGGAAGUUGCAGUGAUCGUCAUAGUGAUGAGACUAACAGGUAAAUCAUUUCUGUGGCCGGGCCUAUAAGUUAAUCUUUUAGAAAUGGACGAAAUUCCGCGAAAACCGUUUGAAAAAGGGGACUGGGCACUAGUACAAAAUUCCGUUUAUUUAUACUUUCAAUAACUUAUUCAACAAAGCCCGGCACAGAUGUUUAGUCGAGGGCUAGGGCUACAAAAUAGAGUCACCAACUCUUACCCUCUAAAUAAACAUAGUAUUUGAGCGAAAAUUUCUGCAACGUAGUACUUUGAUGGAAGAGUUACCCCACCCCCGUAUCCAUUUUCAUUACUUGAGCCCGUCCCUUUUUUGUUUACGGGGUAUUAGUCACAAGUAAAUCCCGGGGACGAGAUUCAUCCCGUUCUAUUGACCGUAAAUCUCCUUGUAAGUUCUCUCUUAAUAAGCCCCCCUCUCCGAGAAUAUGCUCCCCCCAUUUCAGGGGGAUAAUUAAAAAGUUUUGAAGCCCCCCCUUUCUUUUAAGCCCUCUCUCCCUUUUCCCUUAAUAUUCACAACCAAAUUCAUAAAUGAUGGACUGUACACUUUUGGCUCUUCAUGGGGUCUGAUUCGGUAUCGAUUAUUCUUCGAUCCCUAGCCUUUCAUAUACCUUAGUGGUACUUAAUUAUAAAUUCGCGAGUUUAACGAGAGAGUAUUUCGCGGGGUUUUAUUUUCGCGAUUUUAACAGGUAAAUUAAAUUUCACGAUUUAGGCGAUCUCAACUUCAUUUUCUUUUUUAGCCUGCGUAGCAGGCGUCGAAAGGGGUAGGGGAUAGGGAGGAAGGGAAAAAGGAGGGGGAUUUUUUGCACUUUUCUCCUUCCCCCUUCCCCUCCCCCUCCCCUUUUUGCGUCUGCCACGCAGGCUAUUUCCUUUUUUAAAAGUCUGAACGUUUAAUAAAAAAAAAGAGACAAACUGGAACAAGCAAUGUGUGAAAUCUUUGCACUGCUAACCUUACUUCACAAAGGGAGACACAAAAUGGAACUUACCAGCAAAACCAUUUUGCAAUUUGUGUUUGUCUAUACAUAACGUCGCUAUCACAUGUUUGUUGUUAUUUGAAUUUUCUCUAUGGGUAUUUAAUUUCGCCUUUUUUUUACAAUCGCUAAAAACGCGAAAUAUUAAGUCCCAAUAAGGUAUUUGAGUUUUUCCACUUUGCGUUCUGGUUCUUUAUGGAAAAUUGAUCGAUGCCAUUUCCCGGUUAAUUGAAACGUUAGCCAAUAUAUAGCACCCUGUAGCCUGAGAAGCGCAGACGUAUCGGAGAGAAGCGACGACCGGAAAUACGUCUGCGCUUCGCAGGGUAAGCACCCUGUUACGCUAAAAAUUAAAUAAGCCCAUCCCCCAAUCUUUUCAGCCCGCAACUGGUCCACCAGCCUUAACAAAAAAGGUCCCCUAGGGCCGGGGGGAGCGAGGGGAGGGGUGCUAAAUAUAUGAGGUUUUCUCCCCCCGCGCGCGUGGAGUUCUGGGAUUAUUGUUAACAAACGCGUUACAAUAUAACUGAACAAAAAAGAUUUUUUCGCAGUUUAUUGACGGUGGUUUUUGACGAAAAGGUAAGUUAACAGCGGCUUUACGAAGAACAUUUUGUGCAUUCUAUAAAAGAGUGCUAGCCAAAGUGGAAAGAAUGACAUUGUUUGCGUUGAUCUCAGGUUGAAAUUUCAUGAUCCUGUGAUUCGAAGUGAUAAUCACAAGAGAAAACAGUUUUACAAAAGGACAAGGGAACAAAGGUAA